AUGGGAAAGCUGUGGAAGCACAGCAAGCGCUAUCGAGAGAAGGACAUGCUUGUUCACCGGCAAGGAUAUCUUCGCAACCCCAUCGAGGGCAACAGCAGCAGCAGCAGCAGCAGCAGCAGCAGCGUCGAGUGUGGAAGAACGGAGCUUAACCUCCGACGCCAGAUCCGGACUGGCCCACGCUGGACGAUGCCAUGUGGUGUAGAAUAA